AUGUCUGAAUCAAGCAAAGUUGAUAAGCCUAGUGAAAAACCUCAAAUCAUUGAAGAUAAAUCUACAAACAAAGAUGUGGUAGUAAAUGAAAAAGAAAAGAAGAAACAAGCUUUUAUCACCAGAUCAAUCUGGACUUUUGUUAUGUUAAUUUUCUUUCUUUUAAUAAUAUCUUCAGGCCAUUUGACGUUGAUUUCAUUUGUUUUAUUAUUUCAAAUUUUAACUUUCAAAGAAAUCAUUCAAUUAACUAAUGAACCUGCUAGAGAUAAAGAUUUAAAUUUGAACAAAUUCAUCAAUUGGUAUUUCCUUUUCACUUCUAUUUAUUAUUUAGAUGGUAAUACUUUGUUUGAAUUCUUCCAUGAUGAAUUAUUUAAGAACAAGUUGAUGUUACAAUUAUCAGCCAAUCAUAAGAUCAUAAGUUAUUUCUUAUACGUAUUUGGGUUCAUUAUCUUUAUUUUAAAUUUGAAAAAAGGAUUCUAUAAAUUUCAAUUUUCAUCAUUAUGUAUAACUCAUAUGAUUUUAUUGAUUGUUAUUUUCCAAAGUCAUUUGAUUAUAAACAAUAUCUUGAAUGGAAUAAUUUGGUUUGUUUUACCAUGUUCAUUAGUUAUUGUUAAUGACAUUUUUGCAUAUUUAUGUGGUAUAACAUUUGGUAGAACUCCAUUAAUUUCAAUUUCUCCAAAGAAAACUGUUGAAGGAUUUAUCGGAGCUUGGAUUUGUACAUUAUUUGCUUCAGUUAUCGCUUCAUCAAUUUUAUCAAGAUCAAAUUAUUUAAUUUGUCCUGCUACUAAUAUGUCAACUAAUUUAUAUAAUUUCCCUCAAUGUGAACCAAAUUCAAUCUUUAUUGAUCAAAUUAUUCAAUUACCUGAAGACAUUUCAAACUUUUUCAAUUUAGAUUUUAUUAUUGUUAAACCAAUUUACUUCCAUGCAACUAUUUUAGCUACUUUUGCUUCAUUAAUCGCACCAUUUGGUGGAUUUUUCGCAUCAGGUUUAAAGAGAACUUUUGGUAUUAAAGAUUUUGGUGAUACAAUUCCUGGUCAUGGUGGUAUUACUGAUAGAAUUGAUUGUCAAUUUUUGAUGGGUUCUUUCACUUAUUUAUAUUUCCAAACUUUCAUUUCAUCAAAUAAUAUCAAUUUAACUAAUAUUUUACAAUCAAUUAUUAUUAACUUAUCUUUUGAUGAAAUCAUUUUAUUGGUAAAAUCAUUAUUAAGAUUCUUGAACAAUUCUAAUAUUUUAUCCGAUGAAGAUUUAGAUUUGAUUUUUGGUAUCUUGAACAAACAUAUUUAG